AUGUCUGCGCAUCUGCAAUGGAUGGUCGUUCGGAACUGCUCCAGUUUCCUGAUCAAGAGGAAUAAGCAGACGUACAGCACCGAACCUAACAAUCUGAAAGCCCGCAAUUCCUUCCGCUACAACGGGCUGAUUCACCGCAAGACAGUGGGAGUGGAGCCCGCGGCCGACUGCAAAGGGGUCGUGGUGGUCAUGAAACGCAGAUCCGGUCAGCGCAAACCAGCUACUUCUUACGUAAGGACCACCAUCAACAAGAAUGCACGGGCCACCCUGAGCAGCAUCAGGCACAUGAUCCGAAAGAACAAGUACAGCCCCGAUCUGCGCAUGGCGGCCAUCCGCAGGGCCAGUGCCAUCCUACGAAGCCAGAAGCCUGUGGUGGUGAAGAAACGGACCCGUCCCACCAAGAGCUCCUGAGCCCAACACCCCAGAAGCAAUAAAGAGUCUACUGACUUUUUUUAACCAUCAAAAAAAAAAAAACAGGUCCAGCAAUUUCCGUUUCCCCUCCUGUGGCGGGGGAAGCGCCGGACCUGCCGUCUGUGUUCAAGGACUCUGUCUGGCUUAGCAGAGGUGAAGGGAGCGGUGAGGACUGGCUGGAGGCCGGACCGUGACAGGCAGGACUCCCGGCCGUCCAGCCGCACAUGCACCAAUCAGCUUCGCCCACAGGGUGGCGCCAGACGGACGGAGGAGCGCGCGUCUGCGCAGGCGCCA